AUGAAGUACUGGCUGUCGUUCACGUUGUUUCUGUGCGGUUUUGCAUUGUCGUUUACUGUUUUCUGCAAAGCUCUUGCCGGAAACGUGACGUACGACGGGAGGUCUUUGGUUAUUGAUGGCCAACAUAGAAUUCUUUUCUCUGGUUCCAUUCACUAUCCUCGAAGCACUCCUGAGAUGUGGCCAUCCUUGAUAGCCAAAGCGAAAGAGGGAGGUAUAGAUGUAAUACAAACAUACGUCUUUUGGAACCUUCAUGAACCCCAACAAGAAAAGUAUGAUUUUAGCGGAAGAAAUGACCUUGUAAGGUUCAUUAAGGAAAUUCAAGCACAAGGCCUCUAUGUUUGUCUUAGGAUUGGACCCUUCAUUGAGGGUGAAUGGUCUUACGGGGGUUUUCCGUUUUGGUUACAUGACAUUCCGGACAUCGUCUUCAGAACUGAUAAUGAACCCUUCAAGAAAGAAAUGCAAAGGUUUGCAACGAAAAUCGUGGACAUGAUGAAAGAAGAGAGACUGUAUGCAUCACAAGGUGGGCCCAUUAUACUGUCACAGAUUGAGAACGAGUACAAACUAGUAGAAGAAGCUUUUCAUGAGAAAGGAAAGUCUUAUGUUCGUUGGGCUGCAAACAUGGCAGUGGGGCUUCAAACUGGUGUCCCCUGGGUAAUGUGCAAGCAAGAUGAUGCUCCAGACCCAGUUAUCAAUACAUGCAACGGAAUGAGAUGUGGAGAAACGUUUGCAGGACCUAACUCCCCUCAGAAGCCAGCUCUAUGGACUGAGAACUGGACAAGUUUUGUUGAAACCUAUGGUGAAGAACCAUACAUUAGAUCACCAGAAGAAAUUGCUUUCCAUGUUGCACUCUUCAUUGCCAAAAAGGGAAGCUACGUAAACUACUAUAUGUAUCAUGGAGGAACCAAUUUUGGAAGAUCUGCCUCUGCAUUUGUAAAAACAAGUUAUUAUGAUCAGGCUCCUCUAGAUGAGUAUGGUUUAACCAGGCAACCAAAGUGGGGUCAUCUUAAGGAAUUACACGCUGCAAUGAAGUUAUGCUCAAAGCCUCUAACUUCUGGACAACAAACUACUCUCCCUUUGGGUCAACUGCAACAAGCCUAUGUCUAUGGAGACUACAAAUCAGGAGAUUGUGCAGCUUUCUUAGUCAACAAUGGAAGCAAAGAUGCUGAGGUCCUCUUUUAUAAUGUGUUGUAUCAGCUGCCGCGCAAAUCCAUUAGUAUCUUACCGGAUUGCAAAGCUGUUGCUUUCAACACUGCAAAGGUAAGCACACAAUAUGAUACAAGAACAAUGGUUCCAUGUGAAAAGUUUGGUUCAAAGGAGAGAUGGGAAGACUUCAGAGAGGCCAUGCCUGACUUCGACAAAACUUCUCUAAGAGCAACCGUGUUACUAGAGCAGAUGAACACAACAAAAGACGAAUCUGAUUAUCUUUGGUACACUUUAAGGUUUCAGCACGAUUCCCCGAAUGCUCAGGCUACGCUCAAUGUGCAGUCUUGUGGACAUGUUUUGCGUGCAUUUGUAAAUGGACAUUUUGUAGGAUCUGAACAUGGUUCUCACAACAAUCCAAUAUUCUCACUAGAGAGCAAUAUUACUUUGAGUAAGGGAAUGAACUAUAUCUCUUUGCUCAGUGAAAUGGUUGGAUUGCCGAAUUCAGGAGCAUAUCUCGAGCGAAAAGUCGCCGGACUACGCAGUGUGAGGAUUGAAGGUAAAGAUUUCAGCAGAUACUUGUGGGGUUAUCAGGUUGGAUUGUCAGGUGAACAACUGCAAAUCUAUUCAGAUCUUGGAUCGAGAAAAGUUGAAUGGAACAAGUUUGGAAGCUCGGAUAAUCAACCACAACCUCUCACAUGGUAUAAGAUUGAAUUUGAUGCCCCUGCUGGAAGUGAGCCUCUAGCAUUAAACCUUGGUUCCAUGGGAAAAGGUCAAGCUUGGAUCAAUGGUCAAAACAUCGGCCGUUACUGGGUCUCUUUCCACACAUACAAGGGGCAGCCAUCUCAAACUUGGUACAAUGUCCCUCGGUCCUUCCUGAAGCCUAGUGGCAACUUGUUGAUUCUUCUGGAGGAAGAGAAUGGGAAUCCACUAGGGAUUUCUCUGGAUAGGGUUUCAACAACAAGAGCGUGUGUGAAAGUGUCUGAAUCACACUUACCCCCAGUGACUUCAUGGUUGGUAGAAAAGCAAGGUGGAGUAAAGAAGAACAAUAGACAAAAGAACGGUCGGAAAACACCGCCGUACGUUCAACUCAGCUGUCCCCGAGGAAGGACGAUUUCUAAAAUCCUAUUUGCAAGCUAUGGAAACCCUGCCGGUGAUUGUCAAAGCUAUGCCCAAGGAAGCUGCCACGCAUCUAAUUCCAAAACAAUAGUGAAGCAGGCUUGUUUGGGGAAGAGAAGUUGUUCCAUCUCUGCAUCAAAUGGAAAAUUUGGCGACCCAUGCCCAGGACUCCUAAAAACUCUAGUGAUUGAUGCACAAUGCAAAUGA